AUGCUCGCAAAGCUCAGCCUCAACGGCGUCUCGUGCAGCUACGGGGGCGCCGACGCGUGCACAGCAGCCUCUGCUGGGUGUUGCCCCACGAACGACGCUGUCUACAGCACGCUUCUCACCAACUACCCCCUGGUUUGCACCAAGUGCACAAACCCAACCAGCCCCAGCCGGCCGAUUGGCUGGAACUUCAACAAGAUCCUCCUGGGCAAGGACGGGCGCCCCUGGACGCUGGAGAUCCUCGCCGGCGGCGACGACGACCUGGCCCCGUGGAUCGACAGCAUGCUGUCCGACGACGCCCCCCCCGCCAAGGACAGCGUGGCCACGGGCGCCCUCGCGGCGGCCGUCGGGGCGCCGCGGGAGCGCCCGUGGUUGGCCGCCUGCGGCGCACUCGCCGCACUCACCGCAAUUUCCGCCCGCGCCGCCCUGACGGCGCUCUGGUGGCCGGCACGCACGACGGACGACGACGCCUACCUGCGCGUGGAGUAG